GGCAGGUGUUUUAUCUAGGCAGAAAAAAGAGACCGAAGUUUUUCCUCGACAAAAUGACAAGGAAAAAGUACUCAAUCGAAAAUUAAAAUGAAAAAAGUAGAAAAAACGCCUUCGCGUGAUACUUGCAGGUAUAGGUAAAUCACUCAGACAUAAAAAAUAUCUAUCGAACAGAGGCAAGAGAAAACAUGGCAUCUUGAAGAUCAUAUUUGAGAAUACAGACAAACGCCGGAGAACUGCUUGUCGAAACUAGGGAGCAGACCGUAAUCGACAGGCAGUAACGGUUGGGACCCGUAGGAAAGAGUGGGAAAGGCAAUUCUACCACAGUAUGCGAUCACGUUGAAGGCAACAACAUGGCAACAGCAGAGCGUUUCUCCCUCGAUUUCGCGGACUCGCUGACCGCAGCAUACGAUAGCUCGACGCUUUCAGCGAUAGUCCAGAUCUUUCGGCUUGCUUUAUCGGACGACGCGAGUCUAAGCACCGCUUCGACAAGAUGUUGCGCGGAGCAAUCUUUACUUAAGACGGCGGUUUUUCAUUCAACAGUGGCUGGUGAUGAUAAAGCAUGUAGUCGUUCGACUAAAAGAAAGCCAGGUUGAAGCAUGGCCAAGAGCUUGAAGCAUGGCGAAGAGCACACAUGAUAUCAAGAUUACUAAACUUCAAAGGCACAUCCGUGCAGCCUCUAAUCACUGGAGGGUUCUCGCGGGCCACCUCAAGCAUCAACCCGAACAGGUCGAGUUCAUUCUGAAAAAUGCGGUUCGUGGCCCAUCAGAUCCGAUAGACUUUCUGUUCUAUUGGAGCGGUAUUUGCUUUUGGUCACGCGGGCGAGGUUUGAUCUAAGUACACGACAAAGCACAACAGCUUCCUCGUUUGGUAUGGUCCUUGAUCUACACGAACGAGGAAGCUGUUGUGCUUUGUGGGUACCAAUCAGAACGCUACUCUAGGAUCACUGGAUCCGUUGAGGCCAGAGCCAGACGACUAGUAGUUGGAGUACAUUUUUACAACAUCCUCCACGCAUUAGCAUUUUUACAAAGUAUAUUAUCCUCCACCAAACAAAACAGCCAUGGACCGUUUCUUCCAGCACAGUACUGGCAACGAAAUCCGCGACGAUAUGGACCAAACCGCGCAACUCGCGGUCCUACGCAACAUCAUUCUCGGCAACUUGAGCCCCUAUGGCACUGUACAGACGGAUUUGAUCCUCCGCAUGUUGAACACGAUAGAAGCGAAAGCGGAUAAGGGGAAGUUAGCGUAUUGAAUUCCUCUGGUCUUUCUUUUUUCUAGUUAGGUCGGCUCCACCACAAUUAUAGAGGAAGUGCUCCUUUUUGUGUGGAAGGUUGGUGGGAUGACGAAGUCCAUCUUGCUUUCGUAGUCGUGGAGGUUUGCUGAUGAAUCACGAGAGACGAAAACGUCUUCAGAUCAUUUGACGAAAACGUUCUCCACAAUAUAGGUAUUGGUCCCGCCUUCGCAAGCGUUUUGAGACGAAGCAAGAGACGGUGAGCAUAUGCGCAGUUGCCUAUCUCAUCGAAGACGAAGUGGGAAGCCUAGUUGACAAGGUACAGUCAAGGAAAGCGUCAAAAACGCAAUCCCGGAAGGGCUCAGCGACAGCCAACUCCUCAAAAUCUACGACAGCUUCGUCCGAAGAUUACCUGAGCAGGGCAAGGAGCAAAGAACUUGGUACUGAAUAGCAUCGUUCACUGCGGUUUUCACGUAGAAUACUUGACUUCUAGAGAUCCUUGAGUAGGCAUAGGCUGUUGUCACCCGAACAACGUGUUCGUUCCUCUUCAGCUUCUAAAACCAACCACUUCAGACACUGCGCUCCAAGAAACCGACCGCCUUGAGAAGCUUCUGCGUACCAAGCAAAGCCAGUUUUUGAGUAAAGAACGCGAAGCCCUGUUGUACUCAGAGCAAAAUAAAGAGCUGCAUGCUGAACUCAGACAGGCUCGAACCGACUUGGAUGAGACUAGGAAAGAGGUGGGAAGGAUUGGGGAAGCGUUGCAGAAGGAGCAGGAUGGUAGUAGAUUAUUCAUAGUGUAGAAGCUAUGCCCACACAUCGUCUUUCUAGAUACUUCAGUUGCUUUGUUUUUCUUUCCCUUGUUUUCUUCAGGUGAAUCAAAUCUCUUUUUUCUUUCAUCUCUCCUUCCCUCAGCUUCCUUCCGCCGCGAGCGUGAGAAUACUGGCUUAAUUGAGAAGCUCCAUGCGAAAUUGGAUGCGUUUAGGCAGUCAGCGGACACCACGAUCAGCCUAGAAGAGGACCUUGCGACCGCGAAGCAACAAACCGAAGCUGCAGAGAGAAAGCUCGAAAAUGCACGAGCUGAGAUUGAGGUAUUUGACUGUAAUGGAAGUUUGUGAUUGAGAUUGUUGUCGAUGGUUUGCUUUUUUUUAUUAUGACAGACUUAGUUUUCAUUUUUGCCGCUAGAAUCCCUGAUCACUGAGCAGAUUUCCACAUGUUUUAUGAGGAAAGCACUACUCCGUUUUGCACAGGACAUUCAACGGCGCACAAUAGAGCGACUUGCCGACAAGGAUGCACUUCUCAGGCGGAUAGAGGAAGAUACAGCCGAAGAGAAAGCCGAGAUUCGACGAAAGGCGACGGCGGAAAACUCUGUCUUCGAGGAGCGACUGAAAUGGCUAGAGCGGACACUAGACGCGAAAGAUGAAGAGCUCUCUAAUGCGGUUGCAGCGCUUGAGGCAGUCCGCGCGAGUUCUUCUGCUACAUCAAGCGAUACUGAGCGGGUAGUAAAACAAGCAAAGGCGGAGCGCGAUGAGGCUAGGGAAGAGGCUUUCACUGCUUUGGAAGAAGCCAAGACUGCGAAAGAAGAAACGAAGAGCGCGAGAGAAGAAGCUAGGGCGGCAAAAGAACAAGCAAAAAGCGCAGCGGAGCAGGCGAACAGAACAUCGGAGCAAGCAAGAAGUGCAUUGGACAACGUCAAAAAGGCGCAAGAACAGGUGGCGACGCUGAAGAAGGCCUUUUCAUCGGCACAAGAGGAUGCCGAGAUCGCCAGAGCAGAGGCGAAGCUUUCUAGAGAAGAAGCAGCCGACUUCAAGAGCGAGUUACAGACAGCAACUAAAGAUCGUGAAGCACUCACUACAGCAAUGCAAGCUUUGCAGCAGAGUUCGGAGGCCGAUUCACGAAAGACGGCACAGAGGGUGGGUGAGCUUCAAGGGGAAUUGCAGACAGCGAGGAGGGAUUUGCAGUUACGAAGAAAAACCUCAACCUUUCUACUUAACACAUGUUGUACAUGAUGAUGAUGAUCUGUGGUUAUUUGUUGCUCUAUGAACUGCUUUGCUCUCGCCCAAAUGUUACUAUUUCUAUCUCUUGUUCACUUCUCUAAUCACCGAACGCGAAACCGAACUAGAAGCUGUCACCUCUGCUUUUCAGCGUGAGAAAGAGGCAAAAUUUCAGCAGGAGACGUCGAUGGAGUUGGAACUACAUGCCGCAAAAGCCGACAUAGUUCGCCAGCGAGAUAAGAUCAGCACCCUCCACGAAACUAUAGCUAACCUUGAAGCAGCACAACAAAAGCAGAAUGACCAAUUGAGCUCUGAUCUCGAUGCGCAGAGUAGGCAGCAAGAAGCGCAGAUAUCACGGUUGCGGACCGAGCUAGCCAAGAGUCGCACCGCGGUUGAGGAGAGUGAGGACUCAAUACGGAAACUAGAGUCAGAUAAAAGGCGUCUGGAGAGCGACGUACAAAGAUUUCAGACGCAAGCGGCGGAAAUGUGUAAGGGGUUGGAGAAGUUAAAGGCAGAAACGACGGAGACGAUAGAGUUAAGAGGGAAAAGGAAUCGGUUUUGUAAUGAGUAUUGCUUUGUCCACCUUGUAGUAUACUUCUGUGAUUCUUCCUUUUAACAUUUUUCUAAUCCCAGCCGAAAAAACAAAACUAGACGCAGAAAAGUCUCGCUACGAAGCAGAGCGUGGACGGUACGAAGCAGAGAGGAGUGAAAGGGCCCGCGAUCUCGGGGCAUUCAAAAUGCAGAUGGCGGAUCUACAGGCUGUGCAUGCUACUGAAAUUUAAGGCCCUUCUUAUGUCUAUUGUGACAUCUUGCGCAUGUGUUGGGGGGUGUAAUAUCCUGAAAUAACCACUCAACAGAGGCCACUGUUCUUGGCACCUAGAUUGUGUUUGACAACGCGUCUACCCUCCAACAGCUCUUCUAACCCUCACAGUCCUGGAGAUCGAGAUACGAAGAACUUACGGCUGAAGCGACACAAGCGUCUGCGUCGCUAAGAACUCUUGAGACGCAAGUGCAAAAACUGCAGUCGCAGUUGCAAGGGGAGAUGGCUGAUCGCAGUGACUUGCAAUCCAGACUAGAGAAAGCUUUAUUGCAGACUGAGAGCUACAAAGAGACCAGUGCGGAACUAGCAACUAUCAAUUCAGAGAUGCUAGCAAAGCUCGAAGCGCAAGGCAAGGAGAGGCAAGAGGCAGUUACGAGCGAGAAGCACGAAGCUAACGAACGAGUUGCCAGUGCGGUACAGGCCCUGGCGGAAAGUGAGGACGCACUGGCCGAGAGUAGAAAAAAAGCCGAGGAAACUGAGAGGCGACUGAGGACUGAACUAGAGUCCGCUAGGCAAAGUCUGGAACAACAAGUGGCUGAGGCCAGACGGCAAACCGAGCAGGCCCAAGCAGACAAGAAGCAGAAAGAUGGGGAAGUGAAGCAAAUAGCAACACAAUUAGCGGAUGCUCACAGGCGAUUGGAACGGAGCAGUGAAGAAGCAGCGCUAAGUCUGGAAGAGCUGAGGAGAGGGAAACAGUUGGAGUUAAGGCAUUGACUUUACCCCGAAUACAUUUCUACAUCGCCAUUGUUAUCCCCUCCAAAUUCUAAUUCCAAUCGAGGACAUGAAGAGGUGCAACGAGAGUCUGCAUCAGCAAGUGGCUGAGGCCACCAAGAUACGCCAAAUGAAGGAGGCUCACAUAGAUUCGCUGCUGCAGCAACUAGAAGAUACAGUCCCGCGAUCAGCCGCAGCACUAGAUGAAGCGGCUACAACGUUGCAAACCGCAGCCCACGAACAGCAUGCUAGACAGCGGGAAAGGGAGCGAGCGGACCACGAAGCCGAAGUCAGCGACUUGAGGAGUAAACUGCAACAGAAGAUGGACACCGAGUUAAUAGCGCAUCAGGCUGCGAUCAAACGUCUAGAGGCCCUGGUGGACGAUGUGAAACAGGAGGGCGCAGACGCUGUGGCUGCACAGAUAUGGAAGAAUCUUCACUAAGAUUUUCGACUACCUCACUAUCACUUUUACUUAACAGGGAUAUGGUUUUGUUUUCUUUUCGUGUAUGUGACAGCAGAUGGACCUAUUGCUUGCUUGAGUCUCCCAAUUGUCACAGUCUUUAUGACCCUAGUUCCGUUCAUCCAAAAAAUUGGAAACAACAAAGAUGCGGGAAGAAGUGGCACGCGCAGAAAAAGAGCUAUCGGAAAUGAGCAGUGAGCGUACACAGUUAAAAAGCCGACUAGAAUCCUUGCAAGAGCAGCUUGCUUUGUUAAGACUGAGACACCGACUGGUUAAAAUCAACUGGUGGAAGAGAAUUGUCCACACAGGAGUUGAAGACGUGAGUAAGUCUAAGUCUCGUAAAUCUCGUAACUGACACCUCUAACUUCAGGCGCAUCCGAAGAAACAAGAACUUCUUCCUCUUCCUCCACGGCAAUCAAAAAGUCUGAGGAAUAUGCCGCCAACAUGGAGAAGACCAUCAAAGGUCUUGAGCAACGCCUAGCAGAUGCUGACAAACAGCUUAGGCUAUCGGGAGAGCAAGCAGAACUGCACAAGUUCGAUGCGAAAGAGAAUGUCUUGUUGAAGAAAAAACUGAGACAUCGAGAGGAAGAGAUUGCUACACUGAAGAGAAUAGCCGAACAAGAGGCUGCCUUGCAUGAUAUUGACCUGCAGAGCCGUCGAGAGGAAUUCGCGAGAAUGAUGCCGAAAGCAACGCCUAGUGUUAACGCCUACAACCCUGCGGAGUACAAUGGGGCAGGUUUUGGUGGUCCUAUGGCUUGUGAAGAACAAUUUAGAUGUAGAUGUAGACUAUACUUCUCCUUCACUGAUGGUGCUGUUCGAAAGUUUGAGCCUCUGCAUUUUUCUUCCUAUCAAGGCAUUGUAUAUUCUGAUUUUCCUCUGAGCAUCUUCAUGUUCGCCCUCUAAAAAAGCACCCCGGCGUCAUCCCAUGGGCGACGACGAGCUGGACCAGAGCUCUAUCCAGCACAUAGACCAAAGCAGAAGCUACAUCAACGAGGAGCGUUAUGGCUAUUGUUAUUGCUGUUCUUGUUAUUUCUCUCCCCCUCUGCUCUCGUUGAAACAUGUGAUGUAAUUCUAAUCUUAUAGAUACUACUGUAGUAUCCAACUUAAUACCUGAAGUUGAACCCCUCUAACACCCAGACCUCCUCGACGGUAAGUCCGUGACGAGCGUGGCCACGUCUGUACCUAGCGACGCACACAUGGGUUUCCUGUUUGACAGCACUGGAGGGAUAGUUCCACCAUCCUCGGUUGUGGCGAGCUCUGCGUCGUCUGCAGUGUCCGCUUCUAGAACUGCAGGAAAACAUCAUCAACAAGCUCCUCACGAGGUUACAAGACCUCAACAAGCUCCACCGGAAGCACAACAUCAAAAUCUAGCGCUCAACAUUAGUUCCGGAAGCAAGGCUUUGAUGCCGUCACCGGCUAUGACAGAGCUGGAGCGUGCGAAACACAAAGAAGAGAAACGGCGUCGUAAAGAAAGAAAGGAAAGGAAACGAGCGGAGCAAGCGGCUGGCGGCGAUCCAAGACGAGGUAUGGAUGAAAGGAAUACUCACUAGAAUUCAACAGUAGUAGGUAGUCAUUGUAGGUGUAUUUCUCUGGUGAAAACCAAAAGAUGCUGGUCUCUAAUCAAGGAGGACAGGGAAAUCAGGAUCAAUGCGCAACGCAAUAGGGUUUUCGCGGUGAGGAUCGUGUAAGCAGAAGACUCGCCGGUGAAGAAGAAUAACACAACGCGUCCGCAUAUUGAUUUUUAGGUAUCCCCGUCAAGUCUAGUGCAGAGGUGAGUACAACAAGUCCUCUGGAAACAAACACAUAAAAUGUACUAGUACUGCUUCAAUACGAGUAAAAAUACCACUAUUGAUUUCAAGUUCAAACACCAACAAAUUAUCAAGAUCAACCUUCUUUUUCGAUUUACUUUAAACCAAAAACACUAUCUAAACCAAAACGACCAUAGUACAAGUUACAGUGAACAGUUCCAAGAAUAGCCGCAAGGCAGAUAGAAAGAAUCUUUGAAGAAAGUAUAGAUUUUUACAAUUUAGACGUUUCUUUCCUGCAUAUCUUCAACUUUUUCUUCGAUCUGAAUAGGGACUUCUAGAUGAACUACAGUCAUUUUGAUUUUGUUAUAUGUCAUCGAUCACCAGACCAGAUGACAUAAAACGCGCAACCGCUGUUUCCAUUACUGGUGUAUGCUCAUGUUUUUCACUCAUAAAAACGCACAAGCUACUUCACAGCCGAUGGAUAUACUCAGACACAACAUGAGUGCGAUUCAUGGGAAAAGCACCUGAAAAAUGUCUUCAGUGGGGAGGUGGCACCGUGAAGUAUUGCAAAUACUAGGAG